UACAGAUCGAGAACUGAGAGACCACAAUAUUGUUCUUUGUUGUAAAUAAACAAUAUUGAUGGUUAUCAUUUGUACCUUGCCUCUUUUGUUCUGGAUAACAUUGUCAACCUGUUAAUUCUGUUAUUUUGUGAGUAAUUCCUACAGAUAUGAAGAUUCAGAUGGAGGGUUUUCAAAAGCUUCAAGAUGAUCUGGAGAAAGUCAUAGAAAAAGAAGACUCCAACAGUUCAAUCACAACAGACUCAGAUGAAAAGAUGGAGUUUCGAAAUAUGCGGGAACGUCUAGUCUACAUACUUCACACAAACAAGUUUCACAUCAUUGUUGUUGCUUUGGUGGUUCUUGAUUCCCUCUUGGUGAUCGCAGAGCUCCUCCUAGACAUGAAUAUCAUUCAAGUUUCUGAGCAUAAGGAGGGGAGUGAUCUUGCUCCUAAAAUCUUGCACUACUCAAGUCUUGCCAUACUAAGUGUGUUCAUGGUAGAGAUUUUUGUUAAAAUUUAUGCUUAUAGAUUGAGUUUCUUUCGCCACAAGAUGGAGUUGUUUGAUGCAUUUGUCGUGGUUGUAUCUUUUGUGCUUGAUAUUAUUUUCCGCAACAAGGAGGGACCUGAAAGUGGUGCAGGACUUUUAGUUGUUCUGAGAUUGUGGAGGGUUACUAGGAUAUUAAAUGGUAUUGUUGUGUCAGUAAAAAAACAAGCAGAAAAGAAGAUUCAGAGAGAAAAACGUUUACGUCUGGCUUGUGAAAAAGAACUGGCUAAAUAUAGAGAAUACUGCACCACACAGGAACAAGAAAUAGAACUUUUAAAAGGCCUGCUUGUCAAACAUGGAAUAGACCUGCACAGAUCACAAACUCAGCGUCCUGUUGUCAGUAAGAUUGAUGUCAUAGCAGACAUCAAUCAAGUGGAUGAGAAAGAGAAGGCUCCGCCUCUUCCAGAAACUCUUCCUAAACAGGAGCAGUCAGACACACCCCCUUCAAAUUAAAUCCUAUUUGUGGAAAAAGAUAAAUAUUGUAUUUUUGUGAAAUUUGUAUACAAAUUUUCUAUGGCAUUGUUUUGUCCAACAUUAUCCUACAUGUUAGCAAAUGUGUCCAGUAUUUCUGAUUUGUACAAGCACUCAUAUUAAAAAAAAUGUGUUAGUUUUUCUGUAGUGCUUCUGUAGUGACAAAGGUGCCACAGUUAAACAAAGUGUAUAAUAAUUGAUAUUGAUCUGCAUUACAUUAUUUGUAUCGGUGCCACAUUCAAAUUUUUAUUUUUCUAAAUUGUUCACUUUUAUGGCGCAGACGACAAUGCGCCCUCCACCCCACCAUUUAUUUUGCAUUUUGAAACAAUCUUUGUACAGUAUAUUUAGAUAUCCACCCUUUGAAGUUUUGAUACCUUUGAACUACAUGUAUCUCCUGUAUUUUAUCCUUUUGUUGUUUCUUGAACAUUGAUAUAGUGCAGUAGAUAUUGAUGGUUGUUAAUUCAUGUAAUCGAAAUUCAUUUAAAGUAUCCUGUUUUGGAAUAACAUCCCCUUGGGGAAAAAAAAUAAAAAUGAAGCAAACUUUUAUUUAAGAAUACUUGAUAGCAGAAUAAUCAAUAAAUGUGUGUGAUAUAUAGAAGAAGAUUCUAUUCCAGCACAUAAUGAUAAUUAAUGGGCUUAGUGGAGUUUAUCAUUAGGUCAAGGCAAGCAUGGAAAUAUAUCACAUGCUACUGCAAACAUUCCACACAAUCUGUCAUUGGUGGAUCUCAUUUACCAUGUACAGAUUCCCCAGUAUGCAUUUUCCUUUUCCCAGCUAAUCACAUUACCAUGCUUGUUUUCCUUUUAUAUUGCUUUUCUAUUGCUUCUUUCAUGAUUUCAUCUGCUGCUACAGUUGCCAUUCCUCCUGAAACUGAUCUGUUAAUCACUUAGUUGAAGCUGAUUCUCCCUGCAUUUUCUUCUGAAGCUUCAAAAUGUUGAUAAAUUUUCGGUUUAUAUGUUGAUGAGAUUAAAAGAAUGCUUUCAUUUUAAUAAGAAUGAUGCACUCAUGUAACAACUAAAAAUAAGUUUAUUUUUUAAAUUUUUAACUAGUGCCUUUGUGAAUCUUAAUUUUUGCUAAAGUCUUCAGUGCAUAUUUUUGCAAUGUUUAUUACAAGAGUCCUAUUUAUUUUUGUGUUGUGUUUUGAUGUUAACAGCUUCUAGAUCUGUGAUGUACACUUAGUGUAAUUGUUGUCAGGAUAUAUAUUGUAUUUGUAAUUAAUUUUAAGCCUGCCAUAGUUUAUUUAGUUUAUUUCCAUUUAUUUGGAUUUGUUGUUGUCAGAUAAUCGGUUCAAAUAGCUGUUUUUUUAGUCAUGGAGUUUGUCUUACACCCCCCCCCUCCCCCCAACACCCACGCAUUGGCCCCCUCUUCCUGCUAUGACAUCCUUAUCUGUUUUCCAUUAUGUCUACUCACAUUACUAACAGAGAACCCUUCAUUAUUUUUUCAUUUACAUGUACUUAAAGUUACAUAAUAUAUGUGCCACACUACUACAGUGAAACUUGUCUAAUCUGGAUGUUGUAUAUUCCGAAAUCUUGUCUAAUAUGAUAUAAACUUUAAGUCCCUUUCAUUAAAUUCAGUUCUUUAUAAUGUUGCUUUUUUGCCCAAUUUAUACAGAACUAGUAAUGUUCAGAUUAGACAAGUUUUACUGUACAUGCUGAAAUACAAUAGUGUCAUGGUUCUUCCACCACUGUUACUGAAACAUCCACUAAAAUGAAUCCUUUUUGCCGAAAAAUUCAGAGUGAUGAAAAAGAUUCUUUUUUUCUGGGGAAGGGGGGGGUAUUAAUAAAAAGAAUGCCAAUAUUUCUAAGUUUGUGUCAACUAAAAAUGUUUGUAAACAUUAAUGUUUUUUCCUUUAAAUUAUCUAUAUCGAGAUUGAUUGAUCCUCACUAGAAUUUUAUUAAAUUUUUUUUUAACCUUUUUGGGGUAUUUAUGGGUGACCUUUGACCUACUUACUGGUAUCUGAAAAUGAAGAAGGAUGGUCUUGUAGUAAUGCCCACAUUUCCUGUGAUUGUUUAAUGAUUGUUUUGAAGUAAAACAUUUUUCCAAUACUGGUUAGAUGAUAUAUGAUAUAGAAGGAGAUGUAUACCAAAUUAUUCAUUUUUAACAAUAUGUCCCUGCUUCUUUGAAGGGACAUAACAUUUUUCUUGUUUACCUCAAUUUUCCCAUGCAUUUACUAAUAGGGGAGUACACACUUUAUGAAACUGAGAUUGAUUUUCUUUUGUACAUGUAUUGUAAUUUUAUUUACAGAGAAUGCAUAUUUACAGCAAGUUUUGUAUUAAAUUCUACCAGUUUUUGAGAGAGAUAUGUUCAUGAGAUAUACAUCAUGUUUAAUGUCAAAUUUUUUUGUGUUACAAUAAUUAUUUUAUACAUAGAAGUUUUGAAAGCAAAAAAAAAAGUUAAUAA